AUGGCAUCCCGAGAGAGGCUGUAUGAGCUUUGGAUGCUGUACUGCAGUAAGAAAGAUCCAGAUUACCUGAAGCUCUGGUUGGAUAGUUUUGUUUCUAGCUAUGAACAGUUUCUGGAUGUGGACUUUGAGAAGCUGCCAACUAGGGUGGAUGACAUUCCUCCAGGAAUAUCGCUGCUUCCUGAUAACAUUCUUCAGGUCCUCAGGCUCCAGCUGCUACAGUGUGUCCAGAAAAUGUCAGAUGGAUUAGAAGAGCAGCAACAGGCUCUGUCACUUUUACUUGUGAAAUUCUUUAUCAUCCUUUGCAGGAAUUUGGCUAACGUGGAAGAGAUUGGGAUGUGUUCAUAUGUUAACCAUGUUAUCACCAUGACUACGUUAUACAUUCAACAG